CCCCCUCUCAUCCCAACCUAUCCCACCUACCCCCUCCCUCUCCCUCCCUCUUCCCUCCGCACCACAAUGUCCACCCCCACCCAGAACAAGGCGGCGGGCUCGGCGCUCGACGUGCUGGCGCAGCUGCAGCCGACGCAUCUGCGCAAGGCUGGCUCAUCCGAGGUCCGUAACCGGGCAGCAGCGCAGGUGCAGAUCACGGUGGAGCAGAUCCUGCAAGAGGCGCUGGACCAGCAGGGCCAGGCUGAGGUCCGCAAGCCGACGGAUGUGUUUGCUGACAAGGCCGAGGUGGAGAUGUACAUGGCCGAGAAGCGGUCCAAGUUUGAAGAGUACAUCGGGUUCCGUCGCAAGCGGGCUUCAAACUACAUCCGCUAUGCGGCCUGGGAGGAGUCUGUGGGCGAGUUUGAGCGGGCGCGGUCGAUCUUUGAGCGUGGCGUGGCGGCCAACUAUCGAGACGCCACGCUGUGGACAAAGUACGCAGACAUGGAGAUGCGGGCCGGCCACAUCAACUCGGCCCGCAACGUGUUGGUUCGCGCCGUCACCCAUCUUCCGCGCCACGACGCGUUCUGGUUCAAGUUUGCGGCCAUGGAGGAGAUGGUUGGCAACAUUGCUGGCGCAAGGACUGUGUAUGCCAAGUGGAUGGAGUGGAACCCGGGCAAGCAGGCCUGGCACACGUACAUCAACUUUGAGAAGCGGUACGAGGAGUGGGAUCGGGUCCGCGCCAUCUACGCCGACUACGUCAUCCGGCUCGAGGCUGCCCGCGAUCAUGCCGGCGCCGCGACGGCCUGGCUCAAGGCUGCGCGCUUUGAAGAGACGCUUGGUGAGGUGGCGCGUGCUCGCGACGUGUACGAGCGGGCGAUGGCGGCACUCGAGGCGUCGGGUGCGCUCGGCGACGCCGCCGUGGCGCGCAAGCUCUUUGUGGCCUUUGCCAAGUUUGAGGAGCGCGUCAAAGAGUACGAGCGGGCGCGGGUCAUCUACAAGUACGCGCUCGACACCGUGCCGGCGUCGGCUGCUGGCGGCCUUGAGGACGCCUUUCUCGCCUUUGAGAAGCGGCACGGGACCAAGGGCGGCAUCGAGUCGGUCCUCAUUACUCAGCAGCGCGAGGCGUACGACGCUGCGCUCGCCGAGGACCCGACCGACUACGACCUGUGGUUCGAGUAUGUGCGGGUGGAGGAGGGCCACGGCGAUCCGGCCGCCGUCCGCGAAGUCUACGAGCGCGCUAUUGGCGCCAAGCCGGACGAGCUGCUGAAGACUCGGCCGCAGGGCCUCACUCUCGCGCAGACCAACGUGCUCGAGUCGUACGGCUAUCUGUUCAUUAACUACGCGCUGUACGAGGAGCUCACCGCCGGCGAUGUUGCGCGGGCCGGCGUCAUCUACGAGCUCGCACUCGGCCUCUUUAAGCCCGGUCUUGCCCUUGUGGAGCGGCUGUACAUGCUCGCUGCUGGCGUUUACGUUCGUGCCAAGGAUCUGGGGCGGGCGCGCAAGAUCCUCGGUCACGGAAUCGGCGCUGCGCCCUCGCACGCGCUUUUUGACUACUACAUCCAGCUCGAGUACGACCUGCUCAACUUUGACGCUGCGCGCUCGCUGUACAACAAGUACCUCGAGUUUGAGCCCGAGGCCGUCGAGGCCUGGAUCAAGUACGCGUCGUUUGAGGCCUCGCUUCUCGAGCCCGAGCGCGCCCGCGGCCUCUACGAGCUCGCCAUCGAGCAGCCGCUCCUCGACAUGCCUGAAGUUCUCUGGAAAGCGUACAUCGACUUUGAGAUUGCCGAGGACGAGCAGGCCAAGGCCAUCCAACUCUUCGAGCGCCUGCUCACCCGCACCAAGCAUGUCAAGGUCUUUGUCACCUAUGCCAAGUACCUUGCUUCGCUCGGCGCCAUCAGCGACGCCCGGGCCGUUUACACCCGGGCUGUCGACCACACCCGCGUCCACAACCUGCCCGACCAGCGCCUCACUGCACUCAAGGCCUGGCACGCCCUCGAGCUCGAGCACGGCUCGCAGGCGGAGGCCAAAGCCGUCACCGACCAGAUGCCGCAGCGGGUCAAGAAGCGUCGCAUGGUCCGCGAUGCCGAAGGCAACGAGCUCGGCUGGGAGGAGUACUACGACUACAUCUGGGCCGACACCGUCGAUCGCUCGCAGGCCAACCUCAAGUUUCUCGAGAAGGCCCGCCAGUGGGCCAUGCAGAAUGCCGCCCAGGCCCAGUCGCAGCAUGCUAGUCCCGCUGCUGGUGGUGGUGCCGCUGUUGGUGGUGUCGCUGGUGGUGGUGCCGCCGCUGGUGGGGCCCCUGGAGUUGCCGAGCCCGCCCCGUCUGCCCCUCUCGGCCCAUCAGCGUAAUACCAAUGAUCCAUCGAAACCAGACUCUCUCCCCC